CGGGACGCCGUCACCAGCGAACGGGUUCGUGGUGCCAGGCUGGGGCGGCGUGGUGGUGUGGAACCCGCCCACGUGCGGCGGAGGAACGAGUAGUGAUGGGGGCAAUAAGUCGUACCUCUCCGGUUCCGAUUUGGAAAGGGCAAUGGAGGCGGCUGUCGGUCAGCUGCGUCAGCUCCUCGGCCUCUCCCCGUCGCCGCCUCACGCGGAUAUCGACGAGCCCAAACUGAAUAUUCGAUCGGUCCCGGCGUCCUCCGCGGGCUUCGCCACGUGGGAGGUUGACGUUUUGGUCCGUCGGAGGGCGGCUGCGGGGCACCGCGCGGCGAUGGAUUCGCUGGAUUCUUUAGCCGCGGUUGUCAAGGCGAUGCCGGAGAUGGACGUGCCCAAGGCUCUGGCUGAGGCGGCGGGCGAGUCGUUAUCGGAGUCCAGGCUCGCGAGGGAAGCUGCGGUCGACGGCAGGCUGGAAGAUGCGGCGGUGCACGCGCGAAACAGCCACGCGCACGCCGAGUCGGCAUUUUUCCACCCACAAAUUAUAUCGCUGCUGUACUUUCCGCAGGAGUACAAGCUGGCUGUGUACAUCCCGCUGUUCCUUCCGACGCUGUUUCCGCUGUUCACCGGACUGAUGUGGGACGUCAAAUUUUACGUGCGGAGGACGAGGUGCGCGGCGGAGCACCGGAGGCGCGCGGGCAAGGCAGAUUGAGGAGAGACUCAAGCGUAACCCUAAACGAAUAUUAAAAUAGACUACCAACGC